UUUAUCUCCCCAAAAGCGUUGCAGCAUGAAGGUCUACAUUUUCUUCGCUUGCUUUCUAGCAGCCACCGCGGCUUUCCCUAAACAUAAUGCAAUUCCUUCACAAAAGGCCCAAAUUGACCUUACUCCCCUUAAAGAUCUCUUCGACCGUUUGGUGUCCUAUUUAAAGAUCCAUGAUCCCAUUCACAUUGAAAGCGAAACCCUUUUCGACUUCUGGGGGAUGUACAUUAAGGUAAAUGAUGUUCACCUCGAGGGAUUUUCAAGCAUCAUUGCCGAUCUCUCUCUGGAUGUCGGCUAUCCACACAAUACGCUCAGCAUUGAAUUGAGGUUACCGGAACUCUCCGCCUCCGUUGGGUCGUUCGACGCAAAAACCCCCAUCAUUUACGGAAAUGGAAGCGCCAGUUUAAGCUUGAAAAACGCGAGUAUCUCACUUACUCUCGGCUAUAACUAUCUCGAUGGAUUGGUACCUACUGUAGCGAUCACAUCAAUUGAAACUGCAAAAGCUGAAAUUACUGGGUUGAAUGACGAUGAGGGCUUGAGUCACAUCAUAAGUGAGACUGUCAAUAACUUUUUGAACAACGUUGUCAAUAGCCCAGAAACCCAUGAAAUGAUUGGAAAGGCAAUUGAUUUUGCUCUUAAGUCAUUUGCGGAUAGGAAAAACUGAACUUCUGUUUUUACGUUAUAUUUUACGAAAAUAGUUGUAAUAAUAAAAUAUUAGAAACAG